AUGGAUCCUCCAGAUAGAACUGAAUCCCUUAGAUUAACGGUUUACUAUCUGGAACAAGGGAACUUAGUUCAAGUGAAAGAAUCAUUACAAAAAUCUUACCAGUAUCUCCAAGACUUGUUACCAAGUGAGUUAUCCAAACCCACUUUACAAGAGAUAGAGAUAGUAAACAAGGCAGAGAAAAUAUCGAUAGAGAAUGUGGCGUGGAGUCUGCGAACUGGAGCAAUUUUAUUGCCACAAACUUCUCCCAAGAACAAAUUCUUUGUCCGCUUUGCCAAUGUAGUUGGUGCUGCUGCUUUAACCACGGUUUGUGUUGAUAUAGCUGAGAAAGUAUUUGAGCAGUUAAAAGUGUACAUUGAGAAUGUUGUAGACGAAGAAUCAGUUAUCAGUAGCCUUGGAGUUGCCCUUAACAACUUAGGUUGUGUGUAUAUUACCAGAGGAAGUUUUCAGAACGCAAAAGUUAGUCUUCAAAGAGCUCUUGCGAUAUUUGAGGUAGUCAAAACAGGAAAAGAGUGUGUCACUGUCGAGGAGAAAAUAUCAACAAUAGCAAACAACUUACGGCUAGUGCACCAGGCUCAAAGAAGUUAUGUAGCUGACAUGCAAUUACAAAACGAUCUCCUUUCUAAUGUAAGCCGCUUUGCCAUGCAACCAAGAAUCACUGCAGUUGCUGAUUACAAUGAAGCCCUUACCUCUUUGGAUAACAGGAAUCUUAGAAAAGCUUUGGACGAAUUUGAGAAUUUAAAAGCAUUUUGUGAAACAAAAUUGCAUCAAAACAAGGGACUGUUAACCUGCAUUUUGUUAAAAAUCCGUUUAGUUUGUUCGAUGCUUCAAGCCUCCAGUGGGACCACGAAAUUUAUUGAUACUAAGAUUUCAACCUUGCAAGGCAUGAAUGAACUUGUUGAUAUUAGUACAAACUUUUCGUUGGACUUCUCAGUCACAAUUAUGGAGACUGUGGCCGACAUUCACCUUUAUCAAGGUAAUCUUGACCUUGUCUGUAGCUAUUUCUCCUAUCUUCUACCGGUUGUUCGUGAAAGAUGUGGUGCAGAUCACCCAACAGUUGCUUCUAUUCUUUCAAAACAAGGACUUGUUUUCCUCCACUUGGAAAACUUCGCACGCUCUAGGCAAUGUUUUACCGAUGCAUUAGAGAUUUUCACCGGAGCUUUUGGUGCUAUUCACCCCGAUGUUCUUAAAUGCAAUGCAGGUCUUGCGAGGCUAGAAUGGCUCGAUGGAUGUGAAGAAAAAUCUUUAGCGCACAGUCAGAAAGUUCUGGAAAAUGUGGAAAGAAUUUGCCAAGUCUCAUUUGAGUGCCAAUUAAAGCCAAAAUUCAUUGAAUUGUCUUCACAAAGCGGAAGAAGACCAUCUCCCGAUGUUGAUCAUGAGGAACAAUUAAAACUUGAAACUCUGGUUUCUGAGUUUGGUAUGGAAAUAACCAGGGUUCUCAACCAGCAUCAACCGACUGAUCUCCGGGAUUAUCUAGGAGCACUCUCAGAAAGUGAUGAUUUUGUGGAUUCCCCCGUCUCCAAGAACUUAUCUGCAAAGCUGAGCUUUAACUGGUUCAAAGCUGGUAUUUGUUUGUUCAACGUUGGAGUGGAUCAAAGUGUCGCUUUUCUCUUUCUCUCGUGUACAUAUGCAAGUAUGUUUUAUGAAUAUUUGGAUUGUUCUGAAGUCAUUUUACUGAAAGUGAUUUUUGUUGUGUGUCAUCUCAAAUCUAAGACGUGUCAAACCUUCCCGAAAGUUCAAGAAAGAUUAAAAGAUGAAUUCGGACGGUUGAAGAACUUCAUUGAGGACAAAGUGAAGAGAUUUGUUAAACCGGAAAGCAAAACUAUUUUUUUUGACGAAAAUACAAACUUGAUGAUUGCUCUGGCAGUAAUCCUUCAGGCGUUUGUAGAAAUGGAAAUGUAUGCUAUGAUAGCUGAUGUGCAUAGUUUAUUUUCUUUCCUGUCAAACCAACAGUCUCCGCAGGUAACUCAUGUAGUUCUCGUUGAAGAGCUUCGAUUUGCGUUUUUUAGUUCAAACAUGCAAUGUCUUGGCAAACAAGUUAUGCACGACCUGAUUUUUUCGACGCCUCUUGGGGUGAUGAACCAUCGAAAAGUCACUGAAGAAAACGAUGCAGAUACUCCCUGUAACUCUCAUGGCAAGGAGCUUACAAAAUCUUUACAUAAAGAUGACAACUUUGGACAAAGGAAAUCGAGGCAAAUUUUCAAAACUUUGGCACUCAAAACUGACAAUACUCAGUGGAAAGGAUCUUGCAGAUUUCUUGUGGAGUGUCCAAUAUCUCGUGGAGUUGAUAUUUCAGCGCUAAAUGAAAUAAAUGUGUGGAGUAUAAAUGCAGUAGAAGACAGUCUACCUCACUUGAUCCUAUGCAGCCAUCAGAGCAUAGAAUUGAAAACACAAUAUUUCAUAGAACUGGAACUCCUGGCCUCUGCAGAAAGCACUCUUUCUUCGAUUUCUGAAGAUUUUUCCCUUUUGCCAUUCGUGUUAUCGGCAGCUAAGUAUGGUUCAGAAUCUGAAGUGCAAUCUCCGGUUCUCGUCAAGACAGAGAACACUUGUGAAGGAAGCCUAGCAUUUAUCUUCCAAGACAAAGUAAUUGCGAAUUUUCUAUUUGGAAAUCUUCUAAAGCAAAUUUUAACCAAUGAAGACGAGCUUGGUGAAGUUGUGAACGUGGUAGUCAAAGACAGCCAGCUCGUGUUGAAAAUCCAAGGUCCAUCCAUAGGGCAAAUAGUAAUUCAGUGCCAUGAAGACACCAUCAAAGUGAAAACCCACUUGAUUCACUAUUCUCAAAGCCGUAGAAAAGUAGAGAUUGUCCGAGAAGAAGUUCCACCGUGCAAUUGUUCUCUUAUUGAGAUGGUCAUCGCUGACAAAAUGGAAAAAUGUGCUCGUAGUUUUGGCAUUCAUUUCGAGACAAAAAGUGAUAAUUCCUGGUGUAUUGCGUCACAUCUGAGAGGAAACGCAAAGAAUAUUUCAACGAGAGAGCACCAGCCGCUAGAAAUGCAGCUUAAAACCUUGCUUUCCGGACAGUCGUUCCUUUCGGAAUCAUCGACACAAACAGAUUCCUUGAGUAUUCCCUCAACAUGUGAUCUUGGUACUCAAACAGAGCUCAGUGACUCUCAUGAGUCUGAAAAUCUGGCGGAGCCCACAUCAUCAUCCAGUGAAGUAAGUUCAUCACCAUCAUUACCUCCAUCGUCAUCUUCAUCAUCGUCAUCAUCAUCAUCAUCAUCAUCCUCCGGUGAAGGUACUGAUGAGGUUUCCAGAAGGUCAAGGUUAGAGCCAGCAGAGAAAGGUAAAUCAUCAAUGAAUUUCGUCUAUUCGUGUGGUUUAGAAUUGGAGAGACGCGAGAGAGAAGUUCCAAACCUUGCAAAUACAGAGGAAGAAAGAUCUAGCAUGGCUUAUCUCAGUGUUUCAGAGUUCAACUAUAGUGGCAACGAUGCAGAGGAAGGACAGGCAAAUCAAACGCCACUCGUUCCGCCAUUAACUUUGAAAGUUCAGACGGAUGGCAAAUUACGCGAGAGUAAAGAAAACCUUGAGAAGUGUAUUCAAACCGAUGAUUGGCUAGGGCAGUCUAUGGAUGAUGAAGUUGAUGGUGCAAGGAAAAAUGUUUCGUGUGAAAGUUCUGUAAUCCAAAAUUGUCAUCCCUGUUACUCCUCAACCGGAUCUGCUGAACCACCUUUUCAAGGGGAAGGUGGUGUAACUGACAACCUUCCACGAAUUACAGACCAGGUGGAGCGUCAUGAUGGUGCCGCUGCCUCAGUCAGUUGGUGCAAUGACGCCACGGAUGAAAACGGAAGGAAUAGGGAACGUAAAGUCGAUUCGAAGUCGCUGAAAGUUUCUCAAGAGAGGAAAAACAAGAAUCAAGAGUAUCUAUCAGGAAAAAGUCACAACACAAGGCCUGGGGAAUUUCUAGGCUUAAAGGGUGGAGGACAAGAUCCAUUUUUCUCUAACAGGGGCCGAGGUUACGAGAAUCGCGAAUCGGUCACUUACUGGAACGACAAGGACGCAAAGCCUGAGAAGGUUAGACCACGACAUGACAUGCGAAACACCAUAGAUGAAAAAGAAUCAAAUUUCUUCGGUAUAAGGCCUUGCUUCCUUGCUCGUCACUCAGAUGACAGUAGCAUUACCACUCCUAUCGAUGACACGGGGAAUAUAGCAAAAAACGCCAAUGGAGGAUCCUCUAACACUUUUUCAAGGCAUCAAGGGUCAUCUUGUUUCACUAAUGAGCAAGGCUAUCAAGCUACUUACUCCUUUCAAGCCCCAUCAUUCGGGUCGGAGCAUCUCCAAACCCAUUCCUGCGAUGAACCGCGAAUUGCAGUGAUACAUCCGCAUGCUUUGAUCAAUGGUGACACGCCUUUGGCGCAAACACACCCUUUUCCAGAACAGAGAAAAGUGAAGGGUCAAGGUACUGAUCCUGAAGUACAACGGAAGAGAAACUAUGAUUUUAAAGUGAUGAAUGAAAAUCCUCUACGUUUAUCUAAUACCACUUCAAUUACACAAGGCUUGGUCUUCCCUGAAAUGGAAAUCUCCGCUCUACCACAAGCAGCCAUGAACAGAAAUCUAACACGGGAAACAAGAACAGUUGAAGAUCAGGGCACUGCUAACCAAGGACCACCGUCUCUCUCCAAUGAUGAUUCCUUAGCUGACCUAGAGCGACGAGUGGCCGAAACUUGUUCCCUUGUCGAAAAAACCUUGAAAAAAAGGGAAGUAAAAGAAAACGCAAUGAAGGAAAAAGAACGAAGAAAAAAAGAAGAGCGGGCCAGGAAAGAACAACAAGCACGUGAAAGAAAAGAGAGGGAGGCAAGUGAAACAAGACAAACGGAACGCAGGAAUGACAGAGAAGAAGUCAGCAACCCGAUGAGUGGUGCAGGGGAAACACCUACGCAAACCUCAGCUGGUGCUGAGGAUCGACAAUGGCUCUGUGAACAUUAUAAACGGCUCUGCCGUGUCAAGUUCCCAUGCUGUGGAAAGUUCUUUCCCUGUCAUCGUUGUCAUAACAACUCUGGGUGUCCAAAUGAUAAUUCCAAAGCAAGAGAGGCGUGUUAUGUUGAGUGCUCGGUUUGUAGCCAUCAACAAGAGAUCAACCAGGACGCCCAAACCUGUGCUAGAUGUAAAACAAAGUUCUCGGCAUAUUUCUGCUCUAUGUGUAAACACUUCACGGGCACAGACAAAAAUCCAUUUCACUGCACAAAAUGUGGUAUCUGCCGCAUCUUCAAAGACCGCUCCUUCCACUGUGAUGUGUGUAACGUCUGUCUGGACAAACGACUGGAAGGAAGACAUUCUUGCCGAGAAAAUUCAGGACAUGAUGAGUGCUGCAUCUGUUUGGAGGACGCGUUCAGCGGUUGUCAAAUCCUGCCAUGCUCACACAAGGUUCAUAGAGAGUGUGCCAUUGCAAUGAUACAGAAUGGCGUUCGCAGCUGUCCUAUUUGCCGCCAUCCUUUGUACAGUCAGACAGGAAUGAAUGAAUGAAUUACAACCUCGACUCCAGUGUUCAAAAUUUCAAGAAAGGGCAAAUUGUUCCCCAUUGAGAUGUUUUAGAUAGUGUCCUGAUUGACGUAUUCAUUCUUUAUUGUAGCCGUGAAUUUAAUCUUUUAUCCCUAACAAUGAAUUGCUCCUUAUUUCUCCUGGCGGUAUCACCCUUGGAUCAAAUGAUAAAUGUAACGAGAAUAAAGGCAAUGAUCACCAAUUUAGGAAGCUCUUGAUUGUCAAACAAACUCUCAUUGUCAGUACCAGAGGAUAUGUGAAGAGAACAGUGUAGAUUGUUAGGGUUAAAGAUUGUAAUAGUUAUUUUAAUCUUACCUGUACAAGGACGCAAACCUGAGGGGAGAGGGGAAAUGAGGGUGGCAGGAUCCCCUUAGGUCAAAGUGAUUUCUAUGCAGUGGCUUUUAUAUCCAAAUUUACCGCUUUCAUCUUUUAAAAGAUUUGUGUAAAAGUGUGCAAGGCAUCGAUUAGUCAGGCGAGGAGGUGGCUCACUGUAUCAUAAUAGUGAGGCCAUUGUAAAAUAAAUUAUAUUUCUUAUCAUUGUGAGAAAACUACAUAGUAAAUUGUCCAAAGCCUGAGCAUCAAAUUAGAUUUGAGGGGGUUGUUUUUUUUCCGUAAUGUAAAAUGAAAAUAUGCUUCUAGGGAUUUUAUAGCCAUCACACUUAAAGCAAACAAAACAUUUCACAUGGUGUUUUUAUUAAAUUCCUGGUAGUUUUAUGGUUAUUAGAAUGCUGUUUGAAAUAAAGCCCCUCUACAACCUUUUUUCAUAUAUAGUUACACCAGAAUAGGAAGGAAUUGUACGAGUUUCAAAUUUCAUCUUCUUUGCCUUUCGGGAGACGUGUGAUAGAAAGGAA